GCUGUGUCACCUGACCAAAACUCUGGAGAUGUAAUGGCGGCGCCCAUACUUCGCUUAGGCUGUGCUGGAAGACGUUGUGCUUUAGCCGGUGUUAAAGGCGCUUCUCGUCACAGACGAGGGGCUCCGAAUGGCUUCGCGCUCAACGAGAUGAGGGUACAGAGCUCAAUGGCCCCGAGGCCAGUAAUCACAGCCCAGAAGCCGAGGAAAGGUGAACAUGAAUGGGCACCUGUGGUAGGUUUGGAAAUACAUGCACAGAUUUCUUCCAACUCUAAACUCUUCUCCGGAUCUCAAGUUCACUUUGCAGCACCUCCAAAUUCUUUGGUUUCUUUUUUUGAUGCAUCUCUGCCUGGAACUUUGCCGGUUCUCAACAGGAGAUGUGUCGAAGCCGCUGUGAUGACAGGCCUGGCACUGAACUGCCGCAUAAACAAGAAGUCCUUGUUUGACAGGAAGCACUACUUCUAUGCCGACCUCCCUGCAGGGUACCAGAUUACCCAGCAACGGCUUCCGAUUGCUGUGAGCGGGAUCUUGACAUACGGCGUCUGCGAGGGGAAUAAGCGGAAUCAGAUAAUCACCAAGACAGUGAGGAUCAAGCAGAUCCAGCUGGAGCAAGACAGCGGCAAGAGCCUCCAUGACCACCCGCAGUCUCAGACGCUGGUUGACUUGAACAGGGCUGGAGUUGGACUUCUGGAGGUGGUUAUGGAGCCUGACAUGACCUGUGGAGAAGAGGCAGCGACAGCUGUCAGGGAACUGCAGCUGAUCCUUCAAGCCCUGGGGACGAGCCAGGCAAACAUGGCAGAGGGCCAAUUGAGAGUGGACGCCAAUAUAUCUGUGCAUCACCCAGGGGAGCCUUUUGGUGUUCGAACUGAAGUGAAGAACCUCAACAGCGCCAGGUUCUUGGCCAAAGCCAUAGACUAUGAAAUUCAGAGGCAAAUCUACGAACUUGAGAACGGAGGUGAAAUUCUGAAUGAGACCCGCUCGUUUGAUUCCAAGCUGGGGUGUACCGUGCCAAUGAGAGACAAAGAAGGAAAACAGGACUACAGGUUUAUGCCGGAACCUAACCUGCCUCCCCUGGUACUCUAUGAUGCCGACUCUCUGCCUGCUGGGGCCGACUCACAGCAAGUGGUCGAUAUAGACUACAUUCGGGAGAGGCUCCCCGAGCUCCCCAGUGUGACCCGAGACAAGCUUGUUCAACAGUAUGGGAUGCUGCCGGAACACAGCUUCACUUUAUUGAAUGAAGUUGGCCUACUGGCGUUCUUCCAAAGUGUGAUAAAAGAAACUAGGGCAGAGCCAAAAUUGGUGACUAAUUGGGUCCUCAACACUUUCCUGGGUUAUUUAAAGCAACAGAACUUGACUGUCAGUGAGAGUCCCGUCACACCCUCCGCCCUGGCCGAGCUUCUCACCCUGCUAGAUGGCAAAGUGAUUUCUUCAUCAGCAGCCAAACAGGUGUUUGAGGAACUGUGGACAGGAAAAGGGAAGACUGCGGCACACAUCGUCUCCGAGAAGCAGCUGGGACUGAUGCAGGACCAAGAGGCGCUGGAGCAGUUCUGCCAGGCUGUGAUGGAGCAACAUCCUCAAGUGGUAACGGAUGUGAAGAACGGAAACCUCAGAGCUGUAAACAAACUGAUUGGGCUGGUCCGAAAAGCCACUCUGAGCCGAGCCGACCCAACGGCGAUCAGGAAAAUCCUGGAGAAACAGCUGUCACUCUGAG